CGUCUCUGCUCUGCUCCUGCCUGUUGCAUUCGGGCCUCCUGGCCGUAACAUCUCCACAAUCAAUCUGUUAUCUAGCUACGCAAAAUGUCUUUUCUCGGUCGAUCAGGCUCAGGAUCCUCGUCAGGCAUCAACCCUGAACGGGUGGAUAUGGCCAUACAAGAAUUGGACAUGAUUACAGAUGUAUUCAACCGUCUCGUCUCGUCAUGCCACGCAAAAUGCAUCAGCCCACGGUACGCAGAAGGUGACCUGAACAAGGGAGAGAGUGUCUGCAUCGACAGAUGCGUCGCAAAAUUCUUCGAGGUGAACAAGAGAGUGGGAGAGAAACUGCAGAGCAUGGGUGCGAAUGCG